AACGUAAAUCAUUCGUUACAAAUGAUGCAGACGAGGAAUAUGCGAUAGACCGAUAGUCCUCCGCCUCUCCAGGGUUGCGCGUUUGGCAAAUAAGUACGGCAUGGCCAAAAUGAUAUCUUCUAGUUGAGGACGUGUCUGCUAUGUUCUCGUGAGUCUCCAACCCCUCUUAAAUAUUCCUGUUGUCCCCUUCUCUGAUAAAUUAUAUGCCCUUUCUUUCAAUAUUUCACAUUCGUCCCCGUUUAUUCUUCUACAAAUACCAACUGCUUUCCUUAUCCUUCGUUUGAAGUAGCAUAAUUGCGGCUGCCGUCAUGCAACCACUUUUAGCUAUGUCUCCGGAUAGAGAGAUUAUGCCCCCUUCUCCUAUUUCCAACAACCAAUCUAGACAUGGUAGAGGAAAACAUGGGGGAAGCGUCUCCAGCAACAAGAAGAGUCGUCAGAGAGGCUACAGCAUUAUCGCGGAACGUGACUCUACUGUCACACGGGCCCUUGCCAAGCUUCUCAAGCAUUUUGCAGAAGAAGAUAACGAGCUUGAAGAGGGUACAGAGAGGCUUCUCGCCAGUCCUGAGGGCUGGUUUAGUUGUGAGAAAGUUGUAAGUAGAAACCUCGAGGAUUUGAGGCCUGCCAUUUCAGGAUUUGGUUUUAAGCAAAGAAGUCAUUUGUCAAGCAAAACAACCUAACAUCGAGCUUCACAAACAGCUCGAGAACCUCGAGACUCUUGAUCUCACUCUCCUGGAACUUCGAAAAACCUUACAAUCCCCUUCCGCAAAGGCACGGUUCACCCUCAAAUCAAUUUCCUCAUUCGAGACUGAGUCAGACUCUCCAUCCGACUACCUUAUUCGUCUCAACACUCCUUCUACCCCCACAACUAUUACCUCAAGCAACAUAUCCAUCCCUUCCCUUGAAUUUGUCACCAUAUCGAGCGCAGAUCUACCCGACUUCGUCGUGUAUGAAACCUCCUACGCAAACUACCCCCUCAUCCUCGCUUCAGGAGGUAUCCGGAAAGCUGGCGGGCAAUCCUAUUUGUCAUUCGCUAGUAUCUUCAUCUCAGCUGAUGCAACCGAGACUCGAACUCGUAUAUCUUCUAGUAAGGAUGACGCCGAUGUAUCUAUUUACAUAUCUCUCAAAACCACCAUGGAAUCCGACCCACAGAUAAAAUGGUAUAGAAAUGGUAAUGGAGGAAUACUCAGUGAAGGAGAUGAGAAUGGUUACAUUGGGAAGAGCGUAUGGAAGAAGGUCAUCGCAAGGAGAGCGGAUAUAGGAGUCCUAUUUGAGGAUGGGGUGGUGAAGAAGGAGGUUCCAGUUGGGCUGGGGGGAAAAGGUGUCAAGGGGAAGAAGUUGGGAAAGGGCAAGGGAAAUGGUUGGAAUAAGGAGAUAAGAGCAAGGAGUGAGGAUGAGAUGGAGUCAAAUGAAGAUUAGAUUUCUUUUUCGGUCGUGUGUAAAAGUUUGAGUUGGCUCAUUUGGAUAUCUUGGGAGUUAAGGCUAGAAUGGCAUAUCUUCACAUACAACUUCAGCAUAAGCAUUUCUAUAUAUCACCAGUAAUACAUUU